UUCAAUUCGCCUUAUGGGGGUGGCAUAGCACAGCAACAAGCAACAGCACAAGUUGGCCGAAGUUACACUACAAGACACACACAUGCAACAACAGUUUCUCCAUGGCAGGGCCACCUAUUAGCUCGGGUGCUCGGGAUAAGAUACGGAGCCGGGAGCACAGCAAGCCAACCGCAGCAGAUCAGAUCACAAUACGUACGUACCUACCUACCUAGGUACCUACCUAGUGAGGGAGUGAGGUAUCCGUAAGUAGUUGUUGACGAUUGGGACGAUUGCCGUCAUGUUUUUGCAGGAGCGCGUACCUUUCUAAUCACCCGCUGCCGUACCUGACUGAACCUUCCCUCCCUUCCAUCCGCCCACGUCCACCCUUCCCGCCUUCCACACACACCCCUCAUCAGCGCGUCUAGACUGAGACUAUUUGCUCUUUCUCUCGCUCUCUCUUUCUCUAUCUCUCUUUCCCUCUCACGCCUGUCUACCCUACCUACCCUUACCUACCUACCUACAUCCCCUCACGGACGGCACGCGUCCCACCCCCCCCGGCCUACCUGCUCGCAAUUAGCCAGCCCAUUAUUCGUCCCCCCCUCCACCCGCCCCCCCUUCCAUCCACGCAACGCCUGUCCGGUCAAUCUCCAAUACCCUACCUCUCUAUUCCUGCCGUACACGGAUACCUAAGUACGGAGAGGACAGACAAAACCAAAGAGGUAAGAGCCGAGGACUCCUGGGCAUGUCUCCCCCGUCCAAGCGUCCUACGGGAAUGCUCCGCCGCCUUUCCGCUGUGAGCUGUGUGACGUCUGCACGAUCAGCCGCAGCGGCAGCGGCAGCGGCACCUGGACAAUCCGGUACGGGAACGCACACCCUCCUCCGUUGCCUCCAUUUUGCAUCCUCCCCCUUUAGGCCACCUCAACCACCACCACACCUGCGCCGCGUCUCCCUCCGUGUCCAUCAGACAUCCAGCCCGGCCGCGUCUCCCUGUGGCCCCUACUUAACCCCCCGUGCCGCCCGCCACUCCCUCCGCCUGCGCUCUACCACUUCUUCCUCACUCCCCCAUCUCACACACACCUUGACGGCCGCGAAGAACACGUCCCCCUCAAUACCAGCCGCCGUCAUCAUGUCCUCCACCACCACUGCCACAACGACGGCCAAUUCGGUCCAGUCUCGCCGGAGUCAUGGCGGCCACUCGCACCACCACCACCACCAUGGCCACGACAACGUCUACCUGACCUCGGCCAACAAGAACGAUGCCGGCGUGCGCAUCACCCGCAUCGGCCUCUACUCCAACCUGGGCAUGGCCUUCGCCAAGGGCGCUGGCGGUUACGCUUUCGGCUCCCAGGCCAUGAUUGCCGAUGCCUGGCACAGUCUGACCGAUCUGGCCUCGGACAUCCUGACGCUGGCCACAGUUUCCUGGAGCCUGAAGCCCCCGACCGAAGCCUUCCCCACUGGCUUCGGCAAGAUCGAGAGUCUGGGUUCGCUGGGCGUCUCCAGCAUGCUCCUCGGCGGCGGCCUGUUCAUGUGCUGGAGCAGCUUGAUCACCCUCCACGCCCACCUCUUCCUUGAUCCCGCUGCGGCUGCAGAGGCCAUUGCACACGCCCACCACGGUCACAGCCAUGGCCACGGCCAUGUUGGUCCCAGUUUGCAUGCUGCCUGGUUGGCACUGGGUACCGUCGCAGUCAAAGAAUGGCUGUACCAAGCUACCAUGAAAGUCGCUCGCGAACGAAAAUCCUCCGUCCUUGCCUCCAACGCCGUCCACCACCGUGUCGACAGCUGGACCGGUAUUGUCACAUUACUCGCCAUCCUGGGCGCAAACUUUUUCAAGGAUGCAACCUGGUUGGACCCCGUCGGCGGCCUCUUGAUUUCCCUUCUCGUCAUCAAGGCCGGAGCUGAAAACACCCUGUCGGCCGUUUAUGAACUGGCCGACCGUGCUAUUGACGACGAGGUCAAGGAUGAUGUCCGCAAGUACGCCCUGAGAAGCCUCUCGGAUGUCACCGAGGGUCAUGAAGUCGAUGUACGCAAUAUUUCGGGCGUCAAGUCGGGCCAGAACUACCUGGUUGAUAUUGAUCUGGCCGUGCCUGGGGCUUGGUCGGUCGAGGCCGUCCGCGACGUGGAAGACCAGGUCCGCACCUUGGUGGGCGCCAAGGUCCGGGGUGUUCGGAGGAUCAAGUUGCGCUUCGUUCCGAAGGAGGCCGAGAUGGCGCCCGCGUUUGACGAGUUCAUUCCGGGAGAAGCCAACCGGGAGGCCAGCGAGGAGGCCGAAGACCACAGCCACACCAAUGGCAACGGCAACGGCCACAAGCACAAAUAAGUCCAUUGUACAUUCGGAGGAAGAGCUUGCCGUUCACGAUGAGAUACCCCUGGUUUCCUGACCAUUUCUGGAAGCGCGGAUACGCUUCUGUCCGUGUUUCCUUUUUCUUCGUCAUUUCUUUUUUUUUCCCUUUUUUAUCGAAAAUCUAUCUCUGAAGUCCAUGGGGGAAUUGCCAUGUAUAGAAAGCAUCUGUGGGUAGCCUUCUCCCGGCAUUCAUUUGCAUCAGGGCGGCGUUUUUGGAGGGUUUGCAAAAGAUAGGCCAACGACAGGCCUGUCACCUCGAGAACUUUUCUUGUUCUCUCGUCUAC